UCACCAUAUCGUCUUCUCGCUUCAACGCCUUCGCCUUGGCUCCAAUCGAUGGUUGCUCCGAAAAGCUCACUCAUUGAUCAAAGUGAACGCUACACAAGUGGAAGUGUGUGCCCCGCGUUAGUAAAUUUGUGUGAGCUCUAUUCCAACAAAACCCAAAAGACAACCGAUAAACAACAUCUACCAUGGCCCGUACCAAGCAGACAGCCCGUAAAUCCACCGGAGGUAAGGCUCCCCGUAAACAGCUGGCCACCAAGGCCGCCCGUAAGAGCGCACCCUCCACCGGAGGUGUCAAGAAGCCCCAUCGUUACCGUCCGGGUACCGUCGCCCUGCGAGAAAUCCGUCGGUACCAGAAGUCCACCGAGCUGCUGAUCCGCAAAUUGCCCUUCCAGCGGUUGGUGCGUGAAAUCGCCCAGGAUUUCAAGACCGAUCUGCGUUUCCAGUCGGCCGCCAUCGGUGCCCUCCAGGAAGCCAGUGAAGCCUACCUGGUCGGUCUGUUUGAAGAUACCAAUUUGUGCGCCAUCCACGCCAAGCGAGUCACAAUUAUGCCCAAGGAUAUCCAGUUGGCCCGCCGUAUCCGAGGAGAACGUGCUUAAACAGCUUCCGCUAUCAUCAGUAACUGCACCCUUACUAAUACAACAAUUACGGUAACUGUAAUAUUGAUCCGCAUCUCCCAUUCAAGUUGCAAACAACAACCUAUGUUUGAUCAAUUGCUUCGCGUUUAGUUUCGUUGGACAUUUAGUUGUUUCUUUAAAGGAAUAGUUCACCAUUUUCAUGAUUGACUCCAGAAGUGUUUUCUAGAACAAAACAUUUGAUUUUAAUCAACUCCCCGGUAGCUUCCGAUUUGGCCAAAUUGUGCCGAAAAGAUUGCGACCACAAUUUAUGGAAAUGAUAACCGUUCGUUCAAAUUUGCAAAGGCGAAAAAAUUCAAAACUGACUGUAGGUUUAGUUUUUAAUCACACUAAGUGAAAGCAUAAGUUCAUUUAAACACGCAACAAAGGUAAUCAUUUAGAGAUUUAAGUAAACGUAGUCGAUAAGAAGAGAAUCGUAGGUGUGAGACGAAAACAAAAACCAUCCCGCUCCGCAGAACAUAUUCGUGUUAAAUUGAUACCUAUCUUGAAUCGGUUCUGACAAAUUUAACCCUUUCAUCCAAUUUCAAUCACACACAGUUAAAGAAACUAAAAAAAAACAAAAUUGAUGCUAGAGAUGGAUUAGAAAUGCAAUUAAUUCUUUUCUUUAUUUUGUUACGAAUCUUAAGUGUUAAUAAAACAUAAAUAAAUGUGUUUAGCCAAACUCUGAGAUAGGAAAGGUUUAGUCAAGCUUUGUUUCUUCCUGUUUGGGGUGCGUCCCGGGCCCGGUCUGCCCAUGGGAAACGGGUAGGAUUUCGGCUUCGCGGCCACCUUUGAGAAUGUAUAAUCAAAAGUAGUUUUUAGUUGUAUCCCAAAUUUACGUUCUAUCGUUUUUCUUUAUUAGAGUAACACAUACAACAGUUCUGUUUGUUUUCUUAAUAUCAAUUCUUGGAUCGUUUUCUUUAACAAGUGGCAAUAAACCAUCGACGUCUGUCUCCUGUAGCAGCCAAACGAGCAGCAGUGCAACUCCCCCAAAUUGAAGUAAAGAUAACAUAAAAAAAAAUCUAUUUAAAUAUUUCACCAAGUAGAAUCACAUCAAUCUUGAACCUUUUUAAAUGGAAUGGUAUUACUACUUCACAAAAAGUUCAAUAAAGUGUAAAAAUUAA